GUUUAUCUUCUGCUUGAAGGAAGAAGUGCCUUUAAGGACAUUUCAAUCAUGUAAAACUUAAGAUCUAUUGAAGGACAUUUUGAUGACAUAAAAAAAAGGCGAGUGAAUACGAGUAUUGGCAGUAUGAAAUCAUCACCUUAUUGAUUUAGUCGAUUUGCUAUCUGCAAAAAAUCCUGUUCGAAGAAUGCUUGGAUGAGUUUGGUUGAGGAAGAACAACUUCUUGUCUCCCCCGUAGGCCUUCAAAGUCCUGGAGCAGCCGGAUCAGAUCAAGGACAUGACCAAAGACGACUUCAUGGACCGGCACCGGGCGUGGUGCUGCUCCACCGUGCCAGAGAAGGCGCUUUGCGGCAUCAGUCGCGUGUGGGUCUUCAGCCUGGCCCGGCGCCAGGGCGUCGCCCGCCGCAUGUUGGACACGGUCAGGAGCACCUUCAUGUACGGCAGUCACCUGACAAAGGAGGAAAUCGCCUUCUCCGACCCGACGCCGGACGGCAAACAGUUUGCGACGGCGUACUGCGGCACGCCCACCUUCCUUGUCUACAACUUCAUCGCUUGAAUUGAUCGCACGGGUCCAAGCGAUCGUUGCGCUGCCUGGGAAUGACUCUGACUUUGGUUUAGAUAGAGUCAAUUUGAUUAGUAUUGAGAGUUUUUUUUUCUCAGCUCAGGGCAGUGUUGUAAAUUUGCUGUAGUUUUAUUGCAGAUGUUUACAUGGAAAUAACUUCUCGUUGAUGGUUUUUAUUUGUCUGAAAUAUUUUUUUUUCAGCUUUCAGGCUGUGUCAACUCUUCACAACUGAAUUUUCCUGUCCUUUUGAAAGGGGGUGAGGGAAAAAAAAUUGUUUUGGGAAGAGGAUUCUGUUCGAAGCUUUAAUAAACAACCGGUGUUUGAAUUCC